CAAUACUCACUCAAAAAAAUAAUGGCUCUCUCUCAUCGUUUAUUCCACGAUACUUUACGUGAUCUUCAACGUGCUAUGGACGCAUUUAGUGUGUCUUUCAAUACUGGUGGCGAUAAUGUCUUUGGUGCCUCAAACUUCCCUACUCAUAGUACACUUGGUUCUCGCUAUCCUGUCACAGAUAUAUUUGAAGAAAAGGAUCAUUAUGAAGUCAAUGCUGAAGUUCCUGGAUUUGACAAGAACAAUAUCAAGAUUGAAGUACCUGACACUAAUACUUUAGUUUUGAGUGGCACAAAGAAGCAUGAACGCCAUGAAGAACUCAAGCAGGAAGUAAACAAGCAGAAAGAAAAGGCUGAUAUUGAAGGUCAAGCACUGCAGAAGAAAGAAGAAGGUCAUGUUACUGAAUAUGCUGCUCCCAACUGGUGGGUAAAUGAACGAGUUGUUGGUUCUUUCUAUCGUACCUACACUUUCCCCAAUCCUAUUGAUCCUGACAGCAUUAAGGCUCACUUUGAAAAUGGUAUUCUCAAAAUCAUGAUUCCUAAGGUCUCUAAGCCUCAAUCGAAGCUUAUAAACAUCGAGUGAAUUUCUCCCUAUGGCUUUAGGCUAUUGCUUACUUGCAUCUUUCUAUCUUAAUUGAAUAGCUAUAAUAAAUCAUUCGUGUACGCUCUAAUUGAAGGAGUGAAUGAAGAUCAUUCAACAGAUCCUUAAUUGGCUGAGAUAGAAUGCGUCACAUUUAAAUGUUCCUUCUUUUUCCCUUUCAAACUUUUUUUUUUACGCCUUUUGCUUUCUCUUGAAACAUUCUUGAAGACCUUUGGACUUGACAUGCUUUUUUUUUUGCCUUUUCAUUUUAUCUUUUUAUCCUUCAAGCUUUGCAAUCAAGUC